GGUCGCGACAUUUGUGUCAAAAGCCAAAAAAACAAGGCAGUAUUUAAUGGAAGAAAACGUGGAAUUAUCGGACCAUCCUCCAUAUAGUCCCGAUCUAAGUCCUAACGAUUUCUUUACUUUCCCAAAAAUUCAAAACAGACUGCGUGGUCAUAGGUUCCAGUCACCAGAAGAAGCAGUUGACGCAUUCAAAAAUGCCGUUUUGGAUCUGCCAGCAAACAAGUCGAAUAAGUGCUUCGAAAAUUGGUUAGAGCGCAUGCAGAUGUGUAUUAAUCUUCGUCUAGAAUACUUCGAAAAACAAUAAAGUCAUUUAAAACUACCUACC